UGUGCUAGUUAUUUUGCGCAUGGAUCUUGGAAGAAAACAUUCAGAGACUGAUUCGGGAAAAGGGAAAUAGAUAUAUAUUGUCAGGGCCACAUUGCAGCUCAAACAUACAUCCAAAAUGGCCAGUGUUUCGUACCACAUCGCAAAUCUUCUGGAGAAGAUGACCUCCAAUGACAAAGAUUUCCGAUUCAUGGCCACAAAUGAUUUGAUGACAGAGCUGCAGAAAGAUUCUAUCAAAUUAGAUGAUGACAGCGAGAGAAAAGUUGUAAGAAUGCUGUUGAAACUGUUGGAAGAUAAAAAUGGAGAAGUACAGAACUUGGCUGUAAAGUGCCUGGGCCCACUGGUGAACAAAGUGAAGGAGUUCCAGGUGGAGACUAUCGUUGAUACUCUGUGUAAUAACAUGAUAUCAACAAAGGAACAACUCCGUGACAUCUCUAGUAUAGGUUUGAAGACAGUUAUCAGUGAACUGCCUCCUUCGUCCACUGCCCUGGCUGCCAGUAUAUGUAAAAAGAUUACUGGACGAUUGACCAGUGCUAUUGCUAAGCAAGAAGAUAUGUCUGUUCAGUUAGAAGCUUUAGAUAUACUGGGAGAUUUGCUGAGCCGAUUUGGAGGUCUCCUUAUCAGUUUCCAUCCCAGUAUAAUGCAGUCACUACUACCCCAGCUGUCUAGCCAACGUCUGGCUGUGAGGAAACGUGCGAUCAUUGCUAUUGGCUACCUGGUGAUGAGCUGUAAUAACCCUCUGUUCAUGGAGCUGAUUGAGUUCUUACUAACGGAACUCAACAAAAAUGCCACCACGUCCACCACCAGGACUUACAUACAGUGUAUUGGUACCAUCAGUCGACAGGCAGGACAUAGAUUCGGAGAACACCUUCAGAAGAUGGUACCACCCAUUGUCAGGUUCUGUAAGGAAGAAGAUGAUGAACUGCGAGAGUACUGUCUUCAGGCCUUUGAGUCAUUUGUGAGGCGAUGUCCGAAGGAGAUCUCGCCAUUUGUCACAGAGGUUAUAAAGAUCUGCCUACGGUACAUUUGCCAUGACCCUAAUUAUAACUAUGACGAUGAUGAAGAUGGUGACGCUAUGGAAAUGGAGGAGGAAGAGGAAGAAGAUGAUGAUGAAGAGGAGUACAGCGAUGAUGAUGACAUGAGCUGGAAAGUGCGACGAGCUGCAGCCAAAUGUCUUGAUGCUAUUAUUGGUACACGACACGAGAUGUUAGUUGAAUUCUACAGAACAGUUUCACCAGCUCUCAUAGCAAGAUUCAAAGAGAGAGAAGAAAAUGUGAAGGCCGACAUAUUCCAUGCCUAUAUCACACUGUUAAGACAGACGAGACCAAACAUCACAUCAGAUCCAGACGCGAUGGACCAGGACGGCGGUCCUUUGAGUCAGCUGCAGGGUCAGAUUCCAGACAUCGUCAAAGCCAUACACAAACAGCUAAAAGAGAAGAGUGUAAAGACUAGGCAAGGCUGCUUCAGUCUGCUAACGGAAUUAGUUCUUGUACUUCCUGGCGCUCUGACAGACCAUCUCCAGGCCCUUGUACCAGGCAUCCAGUACUCUCUUGGUGACAAGAACUCCAGCUCUAACAUGAAGAUUGAUACCCUGUCUUUCCUGAACUGUAUUCUGUCACACCACAAUCCUGUGGUCUUCCAUGCCCAUAUCAAAGUCCUUGUGCCGCCGGUAGUCCAUUCUGUGGCUGAUCCCUUCUACAAAAUUACCUCUGAAGCACUACUGGUCACACAGCAACUUGUCAAGGUUAUUCGACCUUUAGAAGUGCCAGUGAAAUUUGAGUACAAGCCGUAUGUAAAGGACCUCUACUCCUGUACUCUGGCAAGGUUAAAGGCAGCUGACAUAGACCAGGAAGUGAAGGAGAGAGCUAUAUCAUGCAUGGGCCAGAUAAUCCGUAACCUCGGUGAUAGUCUGUCUGCAGAAUUGAAAGAGUGUUUACCUAUUUUCUUGGAAAGAUUAAAAAAUGAAAUCACCAGAUUAACAGCAGUGAAGGCUCUCACUAUGAUUGCUGGGUCUCCACUAAAUAUUGAUCUACGCCCUAUACUGGAUGAAGGCAUACCAAUUUUGGCUUCCUUUUUGAGAAAGAACCAGAGAGCUUUGAAAUUGAGCACACUGACAUGUUUGGAUGUAUUGGGGAAAAACUAUGGCACUGCCUUAACAACAGGAAUGAUCUACGAAAUGAUGAAGGAAAUGCCACCUUUAAUCAGUGAAAAUGAUCUCCAUGUGUCACAGCUGACAUUGCACCUGUUGACGUCGAUAUCUAAGAUCCACAAGUCAUGUAUGGCGACCAUUCCUAAUGAAAUUCUACCCCAGAUACUUCUGUUGAUUCAAUCACCACUACUUCAGGGCGGGGCACUGGGCUCACUCCUUGAAUUUUUCCAGGCUUUAGUGGCCACAGGACUCCCGAAACUUGGCUUUAGAGACUUGCUGCAGAUGCUGAUUCGCCCAGUAUACAACCCUCCCUCUAGUGUUCAAUCCUCCAGCAAUGCAUUCGCUGUCCACAAACAGGCAUUCCAUUCCAUAGCCAAAUGUAUGGCAGCCCUGACAGUGAAGAGUCCAUCUCAGGCCAACAAUGUUGUAAACCAAUUUGUUAGUGAUGUGUGUAAUGCGAAAUCAUCUGAUUCUAUCAAGUUAUUUGCUUUAUUAGCUUUAGGAGAAAUAGGAAAACACAUUGAUGUCAGUAACCAUGGAGAGAUCCAACUCGUUAUAUUAGAGUCAUUCUCCUCAUUAAACGAAGAAGUCAAAGCUGCAGCAUCCUAUGCCCUUGGUAAUGUCAGUGUUGGCAACUUGAACAAGUUCUUGCCAUUUGUUCUUAAAGAGAUAGAAAAUCAGCCAAAGCGACAGUAUCUCCUUCUACACUCUCUGAAAGAGAUUAUAAGCUGUGAGUCAGGAUCCUCAACAGGAGUGGAUAACCUCAAGCCCUAUGUUCAAACUAUCUGGACAAUGUUAUUCCAUCACUGUGAAUGUCCUGAGGAAGGUACAAGGAAUGUUGUGUCUGAAUGCCUCGGCAAACUCACACUGAUCGACCCAACAGCUCUCCUCUCCAGUCUCAAACAACACCUCAACAACCAAUCAGCUCUCACCAGGAGUACUGUUGUCACGGCAAUAAAAUUUACUAUUUCUGAUCAACCUCAAGGUAUAGACCCAUUACUUCGUAAUUGUAUUGGUGACUUCCUAAAGACUCUACAGGACCCUGACCUGAAUGUGAGGCGAGUGGCCUUGGUCACGUUUAACUCUGCAGCUCACAACAAACCUUCCCUGAUCCGGGACCUGUUGGACAAUGUACUGCCCCAUUUGUAUAACGAAACCAAAGUUAGGAAAGAACUGAUUAGAGAAGUAGAAAUGGGUCCAUUUAAACACACGCUGGAUGAUGGAUUAGACAUACGAAAGGCUGCAUUUGAGUGUAUGUAUACCCUCCUGGACUCCUGUCUGGAUCGACUAGAUAUAUUUGAAUUCCUGAACCAUGUUGAGGAUGGACUCAAGGAUCACUAUGACAUUAAAAUGUUGACAUACCUCAUGUUGGUGCGACUUGCCCAUCUCUGUCCCAGUGCGGUCUUACAACGUUUGGAUCGACUUGUAGAGCCUCUGAGAGCAACAUGCACAACUAAGGUCAAGGCCCACUCUGUCAAACAAGAAUUUGAAAAGCAGGAUGAACUUAAGCGGUCAGCCAUGAGGGCAGUAGCCUCCCUGUUAGCUAUACCUGAUGCAGAUAAAAGCGCUCAGAUGAAUGAGUUCCUGUCCCAGAUCAAGUCUACAACAGAACUAUGUAGUAUGUUUGAAAGCAUACAGAAAGAUGCCCAAUCCACAUCAUCUACUGACAUUAUCGUCAUGGAUACUAGCUGAAGACAUAUCAACAGACUGUGCUCAAUGUUGUAUUUUGCUAAUAGGUGAUAAUGUGGAGAGAUAAUCCUAUAACUUUCAGGUUGCCUUUCACUGCGGAGACUGGAUAAAGCUGCACAUCGCAUGGCACUAUAGCCCAAAAAUACAGAACCAGGUCUUUUCCUGAGCAAGGAUUGGACAGCAUAGUCCCAUUUGAAAGUCUCAAACUUAAGUCAUUAAUUUUUUUAAAGAAAUAUUUCAAAUCUUGGACCCCAUAUAGUGUGAAUUUAACCUUCACUGACUUAUUUUCAUACUAAAUAUUGAAAUAAAGAAUUCAUUUAAACAUUGUGGGCUAUUUAAAGCUUGCUGGCUUACCAGACUUCUGAAAGUCACAGUUAUGACAAAAGAGUUACUUUCAGGGUAAUUAUGGUCAUACUUGGUGCAUAUAAUUUAUGUCAGAGCUACUUUAUGUUAUCAGUUUGCUUAAAUACUUUGAAAGUGUUUUCUGGAAGAAUUUUUCAGAACAUGCCUGUACAGUUGUACUCAACAUGUGAUGUUGUACAACUUUGAUAGAAAUUCUCUUUGUUUUAACGUUCAAUGGGAAGUUAUUGUUUGAUAAAAUUCUGCAAUCAAAUAUAUAAAUGAAGUGGAUGAUAGUAUAUGACAGUAUUACAUAAUUUAUAUGUAAGUGUGGCUUGAAUGAUACAUUAUUAUAAUGUGAUAAAUAAAGUGCUAUUUCUACAGUGUAUAAUACGCAGUUCGAACUAAUGAUAUAAUUUUUUUGUAGAUAGAGAUAAUCGUCUCGUAUUAGAUUUCAAGAAAGCUUUCCAGAAUGUGCUGUGGCAAGGCACAUGUCAAAAAUAUGUAUUACCGUAAUUAUCUGUCAAUAAGCCCAUGCCUGGUAAUAAUCCCUCAUAUAUUUGCUGUUAAAUAAAAUUACCAACAAGUGCUAUGUCAGUGUUUUGUAAUAUGCCCAGCCCUUGAGUGUAAUAUGUCUGCUCUUGGGGCUUAAUGUAGGAUGAAUAUGGUAUAAUCUUGUUGAUCUUCAAAGAGCUAUAUGUAUUCAUUUUCCCAAACCAAAUUUCUUAAAUUUCAACUUUACACUGCUGAAAAUGCCGUUUAGAGGGUAAUACUGUGAUGUAGUUGAGGAAAUUUUGAGUUCGAAAGGUGGCAAGAGAUUUACUAGUGAGAACUAUUUAGAUGAGAGAUAACCCCACUAUUAGCAGAUUUGUGUCUUUCUGUUUCUGAUUGUUUGUUCAUUUGUGCAAGCAGAUGUGUCAGUUUAAAAUUACAUGUACUCUUGUGUGAUAACCCUAGAACUGACCUUAUCGAAAGGUUGCCAUAGAAUCUUGUUUCAUAGCAAAUCUGUACCACAGGAAAGGCUAGUCAAAUCAAGAUGGUGUUUCAGUUUACUCUGUGCUGUUCUUGUACACCAGUUGGAUCAGGGUUGACUGUUUAUAAAAUAAGGAUACACAUGUUUAUCUGAUUUGCUUGCUGUCUUGACAAUGCCCAUCAAGACCUGUAUUGAUAUCUGAAGGUCCAUUAUGAUGUACGCCUGCAAGAUGACAUUUAAAAUGUGGACAAAUCUGUCUGUCUACAUAAACAAAAGUAGCUGUCAUUAUGGUAGGGUAACUGAUUAAUCCCCAGCUUUAAUGCAUGUGGUAAUUAUGGUCAGUCAUUGUCCAUGUGGGAAUGAAACACAUUUUAGAUAAUAGAAACGGAUUGAAUCAUUAAUGGUUUAUUAACCUUGGGAAAACAGCUGAGCAAAAUGUCCGCAUUGGAGUUUCUUUCAAUGUAUUGUAAUUAAACUUGUAAGGAUCAUGAUAUUUUUAGGAAAAAACAUUUCUGUAAGGUGUUGUACCCUUACAAAGAUAUUAGGCAACAUAGCUGUAGGCAAUGCUAUGCCACGGGAAAUCUUCGUCAAUAUCAGAGGUAACAUCCAGCACUCUGAGAAAACUUCAAGCAGGUUUUUGUUAUGGCUGAGUUUGAGGCGAUUUGUUACAAAUCAUGAGCCCUGGCAUAGUGCUAACUUGGUUUUAAGUGACGGGUUCCAGCAAAUUAGUGCUAACUUGUAAUAGUGCUGCCUCUCUUUUAAUACUUAGUUCUACUCCAACACAAGUGAAAGUUUAUGUAGUAUGCCAUACAGAUAUACUACAGCUUGGUCCUUGGUAGAUAGACUUCACUAUGGGCCCUAGUAUAACUUAGUUCAGCCCCACUGUUAGUGCUGAAAUUGUUGCAUUUUAGUUGAUAAUUGAUAAUUAGCCAAACCUUGAAUUUAAAAUAAAUAUAAGAUAAGAUUAAAGUCUACUUUCCAUUCACACACAUUACAACUUCAUGAUUAUACACUGCCGUGGUGACUGUUUUAUCUACUCACAAAAAGAUGAAAUCUUGCAAUGUGAUAUCAUCAGAAUAAAUUAAAAAAGUGUUUUAAAACCUUCCUGGAUUACAUGUAUAUCAGUAUAUAAAUUUGCUGUAGUUUUCUUACCCACCUUGGGGAUUAAAUGUUUUGAUUUAAAAUCACAAAA